GUAAGCUUACAGCGAGAGAGGGAGCGCGUGCCAGAGAGCGCGGCAGGAUGUUCAUGCUCAUUCGCGAGGGAAACGGCGGUGCAGGAGGCAGCGCAUCGGGGAUAAGUGCUCCGCAGGAGAAAUCCGCUAAACAGGUCCAAGCUGCCAUCAAGAGAAAAGUUCAGAGGCAGAGAAGACGGGCGUCUGAGGGCACAGCGGCCAUUGACGCGUUCAUUACGCCGCGAGAGAGAAGACUGAACCAAGUGUUCCCCGUCCAGAGACAGAGAGACGAAGACAGCGAGGAAGAAGAAGAAGAAGAAGCAGAGGAGCUAGAAGAAGAGGAAGAGGAAGAGACAAUGCAAGACGAGGGGGGACAACCCGAGGAGCAGGGCGAGCCGGAUCGAUCAGACCUGGGGCCCAUCGUGGACUCUGUUUUUGGCCAGGACAGAGAGUUACGGCCGGAGGAAAUCGAAGAGCUGAGGGAGGCCUUCGUAGAGUUUGAUAAGAAUAAGGACGGCUUCGUCAACUGCAAGGACCUGGGAGAGUGCAUGAGGACUAUGGGGUACAUGCCCACUGAGAUGGAACUCAUUGAGCUCAGCCAGCAGAUCGCGGGAGGGAAGAUCGACUUUGAGGACUUUGUGGAGCUCAUGGGGCCCAAGAUGCUGGCUGAGACGGCAGAUAUGAUCGGUGUGAAGGAGCUUAGGGAUGCCUUUAAAGAGUUUGACUCCAAUGGUGACGGCAUGAUCAGCAUCACUGAGCUGAGAGAGGCCAUGAAGAAGCUGAUGGGGGAGACUCUGAACCCGCGGGACAUUGACGAGAUCCUCCGCGACGGGGACCUGAAUGGAGACGGACUUGUGGACUUUGAGGAGUUUGUCCGCAUGAUGUCUCGUUGAUUGUAUCAGGGUUAUUUUUUCUUCAUAACCAUCGCCGAAGGAACACAUCUUAAAAACUGGACAGAGGAUUAUCUAUCCUUGAGCUUUGGUUUCAGCACCAGCAAUAGGCCAAGCUGAAACUGUGGAAGGAAAAAGAAGGAAUAUGUCUCUGUCUGUCAAUCGGUCUCACUGUUAUGUCAUCAUUGCAAAAAUGCUUCGCUUAUUGUAAAUAAAGAAUGCUGCUUGUAAUUCAUAUCCCUUUGCUGUGUGCUGUGUCAUUUAGAAUAAUACUGAAAUAAGCUUCAGCAACAUCAAACUGCGUCAGUGCUACUAAAAAGCACAUUGUAAAAAUGAUGAUAAAAAUCUUCACAUCCUUUUUGCAAAAGUUCAGCAUAGACCAGGUCACCUUCAUUUGAUAAUGCUUAAUCCAGUUACGUGACAAUUUAUUCCAUUUGACUAAUUAGAUCAUGAACUGUUGUGGGUUUUACUAUUAUUGUAUUAUGUCAUCUUGAGAUUAGACAUAGUAUUUGACAUUUCCCUCGAGUUUCUCCAGAAUAUUUCACAUUAGGCUUGUAUUGGUGGAGAUCAUGACAAACAGAUAAGAAGAAAACACUAAAAGACUCACAGUGCCUCGACACCAAUGCUUGGACAAAAAUGACACUGCAUUCAUAAAUGUUUUACUGAAGUGUAUGUUUUUGAUAAGUGCAGACUGUUUCUUGAAUAAAUCAAGAGUUCAGAAAAGGAACUGAAGUUAUCAGUUAGGCGAGGCAUAUAACUGUUUUAAGACAUUGUUUUAGGGUGGUCAGAUGAGUAGACUACACGUGUGGGUGUUGCUCCGUGUUAAUAAAGCCUUGACCGGCAGGUGGCAGAAUCAUGCCAAUAAAUAAAGUCAGCGAUCGGGAACAGUGAAUGACUUCUGUAAUCUAAUAAAAACUGGUUAUUAACUAUGCCUUCAUUUACUGUAAAAUACUCAUACAAUUUAACUCAUACAUGCAGUAGAAAUCUGUGUUCAGCUCAUAUGGUAACGGUAGCUUAUACUCUUUGUUGUCAACACACCCAUUUCAAAUAAAGACUGGGAUGAAUGCAA